AUGGAAUAAAUACAAUAUGGGAGUGCUUCAGAAUACAAGAGUCACAUUUUUCAAAAAAACGUUUCUUAUUAUGUUGAACUCUUUAUUUUCCAAAAAUUAGGGUAAGAGGCAGAGUUAAAUAUCCUAUGUGCAUUUUCAAGAUUACCUGUAAAAAUACCUGUUAGACAUUAAAACAUUGUUAAUAUCGAAUGCAUAUAUGAUUUAGAGGUGUGGAUGGAAUUCUUCGCGAUCAAGUUAAAAGAAUAGAAUAAUUUUAGUUGUCCAGGAUGCAAAUAAUAUGUAUACUUUUCAGAUUUCGGUAUAGACUUUGGAUUAUAUCAUAUUUUGGCAGAAAAGCAACUUUUAGAACAAAGUGGCCAAAAACUAUUAGGUAAUAAGAUAAUCUAUUCACUCAACAAUGGAAAAGUAAUCUAUUAUGCACUAUCCAAAUAAGAUAAAAAGACAAAACUUAAAAUUCCUGGAACAAACCCCAUAUUUAGAUUAUAAGUAUCCAAAAAUAACCUCAAUAUGAAAAAUCUUAAUCCAAGACAAUAAGACAUUCUUGAUCAAAUGAAUUACACUAUUUCAAAAAUAAAAGAUUUCAUAUCUUUUAAAAUGCAUCAAGGAAAAUAGAAAGGAAUAUAGAUUAAUUAAAUGAAGUAAGUAUUAAAAGCAAAACUUGAAUAAUUAAAGACUACGUUCAGAAAAUCCUAAAAUUUAGUUUAAUUGGGUGUCAAAUCUUUGGAAAGUCAAUUUAUUUUUGGUCUUAAGAAACUUUAAAAAGAUGGAAAAAAUGCAGGGAGCGUGCUUAUUGUAUAUUAUCCACAUUUAGGAAUAUGGUAGGAUUAUGAAAUAAAGACAACUCCAGAAAAACAUUUCCAAUAUGAAUUUUAAUUAUAUGCAAAGGAAUAAGGCUCAGAAAAGGAGAACAUCAUCUAUGUAAUAGGAGGCAGAGUAAAAAAUUUUGAAUCAAGCAAUUUAUUUGUCAGAAUCAGAUUUCCUAAAGACCCUUUUACUCUAGAAAAAUCGGUAUAUGUCGAUUAUCUACCCAAUUUACCAAAUGCAGCAUUCAACUAUUUGGGAGGAUGCUACGAUAAUAAUGUCUAUAUCUUUUGUGGCCAAAAAAGAACUCUAGAUUAAUAAGGUAGGGCGAAUGAUACAAUUUUUGAUGUUGGAUAUACUUUUAAGAAUGGGUAAUGGAAUAAAUUGAAUGAGAAAGUUGAGAAAAGAUAUGAUGGUAGUUGUACAAUAAUUAAUCAUUAAAAAUAUGAUAAAUGUCUAAUCUUAUAUGGAGGAAUUGAAUAAUUACUUGAUGGUAGAGUUGGAUACAAUGUUCAAUAAUAAUAACAUGUAGUUCAAGUAUUCUAAUUUAAAUAAGAAAAAUUCUUAGGCAAAGGAUUCAAAUUGAAAUUUUCAGACAAUCACCAGGAUAAUUAUUAAAAAUAUAUGUUCUCAUGUCCAAUAUUCUCAAUUCCAUAUGGUACUCAUAGUGAACUAUUGAUCGCAGGAGAAUUUUUGAAAACAAAUUAUAAAGAAGGAAGAGAAGUCUAUAUUUUUGAUUGGCAAGAGGGCACAAUUACAAAAAAUUAACUACAAACAUAACCUCUGGAAUAAAUAUUACUUUCUAAUAUUCAAAAAAAUUACAAUUACUCAGCUCCUGAAUUACUUUAGCCUGUCUAAGAUAUUGAAGGUGCUUUCUUGUUUGGCAAUUAUUACACAAUCCAUUAAGAGGAGAUAUAAAUAGAUUCUAGAACUACUUUUUAAAACUUUCAGUUAUUUGAAUAUAAGGCAGCCAAUGGAUAAGUAUCAAUUAGACCAUUUUUGCAAAGAGAAGUUUCAAUUAAAUAAGCAAUUGAAGCAUUGUAAAAUUUACCAAAUUAAGAAAACAAAAAUUUAUGA